ACAGCGGACUGCAAUUGAACAACACCUCAAACAGCAGCAUUGUUGGAUGCAGCGGAAGCAGCGGCGGAAAUGGCAGCGCUUCCGACAGCGGAGAUCAAGGUGAGCCUCUGGACCCUCAAGCCAGAGCCAGAGAAAUCGCUCGCCAUAAGGAGGAGGCUAAGAGGAAGCGCCGCAAGAAGAAGCGCACCGGCUCGUCUCUCGUAUCGUCUUGCUUUCAAGAUCUUUACAAGAUGACAGGGGAAAUUUUGGGAGAAGGUGCAUAUGCCAGUGUACAAACAUGUGUCAGUAUUUACACCGAGCAAGAGUUUGCCGUCAAGAUAAUUGAAAAAGUACCCGGCCAUGCCCGCGCCCGCGUCUUCAGGGAAGUGGAGACCUUUCACUAUUGCCAGGGCCAUCCCAACAUCAUUCAGCUGACCGAAUUUUUCGAAGAUGAAGAAAAAUUUUAUUUGGUUUUUGAAAAGAUCAAUGGAGGACAACUACUAAGAAGGAUCCAGGAGUACAAGUACUUCAGUGAGGCUGCAGCGGCUGAAAUAAUCCGCGAAGUGGCCUCCGCCCUAGCUUUCAUGCACGCUAAGGGCAUCGCCCACAGAGAUUUGAAGCCGGAGAACAUCCUCUGUGUGAACAAAGACCGGCUCUGUCCAGUGAAAAUCUGCGAUUUUGACUUGGGCUCUGGCAUACGGUUCCAGACUAGCGUGGCCAGUCCGCUGGCCACGCCUCAACUCUUAACGCCAGUGGGCAGUGCGGAAUUCAUGGCUCCUGAGAUCGUGGAAGCGUUCAUCGGAGACUCAGACACUCAGGCAUACGACAAGAGAUGCGACUUGUGGUCGUUGGGCGUGAUCGCGUACAUUCUGCUGUCGGGCUAUCCGCCAUUCUAUGGAAAGUGUGGCGAGGACUGCGGGUGGGAGAGAGGCGAGAAUUGCAACACCUGCCAGGAGCUGCUCUUCCAUAGCAUCCAGGAGGGGCAGUACGAUUUCCCCAGCCCAGAGUGGGACAGCAUUUCGGCCGAAGCGAAGGACUUAAUUGCGAAUCUACUGAUCAAAAAUGCGCGCAAACGUUUGAGUGCCCAGCAGGUGCUGCAACAUCCGUGGCUCAAAUGCGCCAGCGACGCGGCCCCAUUGGUCACACCUUCGGUGAUUAAGAAGAACAAUUCGGCUCGGGAACUGUCCCAAUUCGCCGAAUCGGCGAUGGCGGUUAAUCGGGUGGUUCAGCAGCAUUUCAGCAUGAAUCUGGACUAUAUGGAGCGGCCCGAAAUCUACCCAAAAGAAGGCAGUUCCACACCUCUUCACAAGACCACGUGUUCCUCUGCCAUCAUGUUCGGUCUGAGUCCACCGAGCGAGAGCAACUUGAUGCAGCGCCGCGUUAAAGUCCGCUCGAUGUAUCUGCAGCCUCAUCCAGCUACCAACGCUAUCUCAAGCCCCAGCUGUUAAGGCUGGGGGCGAACAGCAGCUCUUUCAAAAAAAAAACAAUCAGAAAAAGGUAACCAGAUCAGUGCUGUUGUAGAGUCAAGGGGAAUCUUCAAUUCCGCCGGAGGUAGAAACUGCUGCUGGCAGUGAAUCAUCCCAUCUUCGGCGUUAUUUUCAAUGGAGGCUCUGUUGCCCUUUAAGCCAACUUCCGACUUCAGCUGUUCAAGGUGGGGGUACUGCUGCUGGGGCAGUUAAUGGCGCUAAUAAUUCCGGAACGGUUUGGGUGAUGAAACGAUUCAAGCGCAACACUGGGGAAUUUUAAUGAGUGGGUCGAUUCGACACCAAGCAAAAGCGCAUAUCAGCAAAUCAGCGGCGUAACAGUUGGGGGAAACAACCCGAACAGAGCAAGCAAUUGUACAAUUAGUCCAGUUAAUAUAGGUAUUGUAAAUUGAGAGUCUAACUCUGUUUUCAAGAAGCACUAUUUUAUAUGCUCGUUAAACUGUUAAAUUAAAACUGUCCUCACUCGUUAGGAUUUUAGCAAUAGUGUUCAAAGCGCGCUCCUUUUGUCUUUUUCAAGACUCGGAGGAGCUCAGUGCAAUGCGAUUGUCAACCGUUACUAUUGCGUUACCCGAAGAGCCAAACAUCCGGUUGAACUGUAUGUUCAGUCGGCGUAUUUAAUGCAAAAAAUGUUAAUUUGUUUCUUGCUUCGAUAGUCUAUUAUUGUUUGUUAAAUGGUUGCAUCACCCAAAUUUUCGAUAUAAUGUUUUUUUGGUUUUCCUGUGCAAUUUGCAUUUGCAAAACCGGUGCUUUACCCGGCACAAGAAGUUUGUUUUCUUUUUUUAUAUAUUUUUAUAUGUAAGACUGGAACAUCUAAACGCCGAUGGGGGAAUGUCGCAGAAACCAUUAUAAUUAAAUUUCUUCGUUGGUUUUUCACUACAGCUGUCUGCAUAUUGAAUUUAUAGCGCGAGCGCUGAUUGAUUCAGAUAGAGUAGAUGCUUCUUGCUCGAUUUUUGUAUGUUUUAAUGGACAGUUUUGGAAAUUCCGAUCGGGUCUUAACUGUUUAAGAUUCGAUGGAAAAGGUCCAGUUAAAAAAGUCUGCCCAGCCGUUUAGAUGGUCCAAGUCGAGGCCUAGUGUUAGAUACUGCGCUUGAUUUUUUAAUACUUUUGUAUGUGUUGAGGUAGAUUGACAAAUCCAGUCUACAUUUUGUGAUAAUAAGUAAAAGUAAGCAUCUGACAGUGCGAGUUAGGCGCACUUGAUAGACUGUAGACCGCCGUACCUGCUUUCAGUUCAGUGAGAAGAUACGGAAACUAAAAAAACUGACGCACUGACAGUCCAUUUAUAUUUUUACGAGUCCUACGUGUAUUUGGAUAUUUUGUAAAGAUUUUUCUAACGUGGCUCAAAACGUAGGUUACUGUUUCUACCUGGUUUGUGUAGGUAUCGCCUGAAUUUAUCCAAACUGGGGCUAAAGAAAUGACAAGCUGGCAGCACGAUUUUCCCAUGGUGUUCCAUCCUCAGCUGUAUUAAUUUAUCUUCCCAAAUAAUAAUUAUUAAGGACUUUGUCCGACGAAAUCCCAAUUGUUCUUGCAUGUGCCCAGUGAUUCAUUUAACGCACGGCGGGCGGCUCCAAAGUGGCGCUUACAAGUGUUGAAUGUGAGCGCCUCUUCGGAGCGGCCUGAUUUCCUGCCAGUUUGGCAUUGCAACUUCCAACACUCAGGGUUGUAUUAGUUUGGAGGGCGAGGGAAAAAAACCAUAAUUUAGUUGGUGAAACUCGCAGCGAAUGAAUGUGUGCAGUCGAGCGACUGGGAGUACUGAAUGAAUGCCAUAAGUGUAGAUUACUUACAGAUCAGAGUAUUUUAGCAUCAUUAUGUUUAGAAAGGUUACUAGUGACAUCAACCAUCUACCAUGGCUCGGUCCAUGAGUGCCAUUGUUUUUCUACUUAUUUUUGUUGUGUUAAGUAAAUUCAUCAUAUCACCCUCUCAAAAAACACCACCCACCACCACCUCCAGCGAUAAUUAGAAUUAUAUUUGAAACUGAUUGUUUUGUCAUUGAAUUUUUCACUUUCAGCAGCAUUCUACAAUAAUUGUGGAUCUAGAGAAAUUGCUGUACCAAGCGUGCUUUAAUUUCUUAUAAUAAAGACCGAUUUUUCUA